AUGGAAAACGACGUGAGACAUGAACUGCAGCCAACUGUCAACGACGACGACAACAAUUGUGGUCCGUUGACUUUGGACUUGCUUCUAAAACAAAUAGACGAAUUGAAAUUGGAGAAAAAAGAGUUUGGCUUGCAACGCGCCAAAAUGAAGGGGUUUAUACUGCAAAAAGAAGAGGAACUCAAGCGUAUGUCAACUCUCUCAGCCGAAUUGAAGAGGUUACAAGACGAGUUAGAUGAAUCACAAAGUCAGCAUACUGUAACUAAACUUGAAAUGGAAGGACGGUUUGAAGAACAAACCCGCAAAUAUAAUGAAGAGAUUUCAUCAUUGCAUAAAGUGGUUGCUGAAACUUUAGAAGAAUCGAGGCGACGUGAAAAUGAAACUAAAAUAUACAAAACAAUGAAUGAAAAAUUGGAAAAUGAACUAAAAAAUUGUCGCAAUCAAAUGCUAAUUGGCCAGCAAGGAAAUAAUAUACUGAGUGAAUCAACACAGCAACAAAUACGUAAUGUACCUGGUACAGUUCUUUCUGCUAUUGCUAGAAAAAUGACAAAUCUUGCUUCUAGCACUGAAUCUGACGAUUAUAGAAAGUCUCAGGAUGAUGAAGAUAAUGUGUAUAAAGCUCUAGUCGAUCCAUUAAAAGAAGAAGUCGAAGCAUUAAAAGAAAAAAUUCGUGAAAUGGACACAGAUAUCAGUUACUAUAAAACUAAAUUAAAUGAAUCGAAGGAUAAUGUUGUUGAAAAGCUGACUGCUUGUAAUUCUCAAGAAGAAUCGUCUAAUUCUUCAGCAACUGGAGAUUUUGUCUCCCAAAACACAUCAAUUGAUAAUAAUAUGGAAAAAUGUGAACAAUGUUCCUUAUACAAAGUUCGCAUAGAAGAAAUGCAAGAAAGAAUAAAUGAAGCGGAUAAACGUCUUUUGUCAAUGGACAAGCUUAAAGAUGAACAUGAUAAAGAGACAAUUUAUCGAAAGGAGAUGGAAGAAAAGUGGAAUGAAAAAUUAGAUGAACACAAAAACAAGGUACAAGAAUUGAAAAGUUUCUCAGAUCAAUCACACGAAGUGCUCAGUGAUCUUAAACUACAAUAUGAACAGACAGUGAUAGAUUUUCAGAAAGAAAUUAAACUCUGUACAGAAAAUGGUGCUAAAAUGAAGCAACGUAUAUUGAAUUUAGAAGAAGAAAAUCAUAAUUUAAAAGAGAAACACAUGAAGUUUUCUGUACAAUUACAAAAUGAAGAAAUUAAUUUACCCAGUUCAGUAGCGGAACUUCAAGAAUAUUUAUUAAAACGUAAUGAAGAACUUAUAUCCAUGUCUAUAGUAAAAGAAUCCAUAGAAGAAGAAUUUAACAGAAUAAAAAAUAGUACAGCUAUUUUUGAAAGCCAAAUACAAGGACUGAAUUCAACAGUGAUUCUGCUUGAGUACGUAUUUUAA